AUGUCAAAUCCUCAGAACUAUAGCGUGGGCUGGAUCUGCGCCAUAGUUAAAGAUUACGUCGCUGCGCAGGCUUUCCUCGAUGAGAAGCACGCGAGUCCGGAACAUGUGGCCGUCCAUGAUAACAACGAUUACACACUCGGAAGAGUUGGCAGACAUAAUGUGGUCAUCGCCGUGGCGCCAGACGGGGAGCAUGGCACACAAUCCGCAGCGACGGUCGCGAGAGACAUGAUGCACAGCUUCCCGAAUGUUCGGAUCGGGCUGAUGGUGGGCACUGCUGGCGGUGUUCCGGGCCCAAAGCAUGAUAUUCGUCUGGGUGAUAUUGUGGUCAGUGCUCCUCAAGAUGGCAAUGGCGGCGUACUGCAGUACGAUUUCGGCAAAAUGAGACAGAAUCAAGACUUUCAAGCUACGGGAUUCUUGAAUCAGCCACCCACGAUUUUGCGAACAGCAGUAGUUGGACUGAGAGCCCAAUAUGAGAUCAAUGGCCAUUCGAUUCAGGAGGCCAUCAAUGACGCACUCGAAAAGAACACUAGACUGCGUAAAAACUAUAAGCGACCAGAUCCGAGUACUGACCGACUGUAUCGGGACGCCGUUGUUCACCCUCUGAGCGACGAAAGAGACUGUGUUGAAGCCUGUGGUCAGGACCCCUCAAAUCUGGUCUCCCGGACCCCCAGGACCAAGGAGGACGAUGACCCUACAAUCCACUACGGGCUGAUUGCUUCGGCAAACCGGAUAAUGAAGGACGCCACGAUUCGGGAGAAGGCGGCACGACAGGGAUUUCUUUGUUUUGAGACUCAAGCAGCAGGGUUGAUGAAUCACUUCCCCUGCCUGGUUAUUUGCGGCAUAUGCAACUACUCGGACUCACAUAAGAACGAGCAAUGGCAAGGCUACGCAGCGAUGGCCGCAGCCGCAUACGCGAAAGAUCUCCUGUAUCGAAUUGUGCCAAACAAGGUCGAGGCGGAGCAGCCGAUGGCUCAAUCUUUUUCUGGUCAGUCAGCCUCUCAUACUUCAGCUUGGUUGAAUCAAGAUGAUCCCUAA